AUGGCAAUAACAUUUGAAGACGUGACUAUUAUUUUUACUUGGGAGGAGUGGAAAUUCCUGGAUUCUUCUCAGAAAAGGCUCUACAGGGAAGUCAUGUGGGAAAACUAUACAAAUGUCAUGUCAGUAGGAAACUGGAAUGAGAGCCACAAAUCCCAAGAAGAAAUAUUCAGACAUUUACAAUAUGAAAAUUUUUCCUGCUGGCAAGGCUGGAGGAAUGCCGACACUCAGAUAUAUGAGAAUCAGAACUAUGAGGAAACUGUUCAAAGGGUAGAUUCCAAAGACCUAAAGCAGCAAGACCUUUCCCAGUGUCAAGAAUGGUUCAUACUCUCCACACAAAUACCAGGGUAUGGGAACUAUGAACUGACUUUUGAAGGCAAAAGUCCCAGAAAUUUAAAAUAUAAAAAGUUUAUACCUUGGCAGUCCUUAGAAACAAAAAACACUCAAGACUAUGGUAGAGAAAUCUAUGUGAGUGAUUCCCAUGGUUUUCAAGGGGGCAGACAUCAUCUUGGCAUAUCCAGGAAAAAUCUCUCCAUUGAAAAGGAACAGAAGCUCUUGGUUCAGCAUUCUUGUGUCCCAGUGAAGGAAGCCCUUCCAGCGUACAUUGGGGAGACAUGCCAGAAUGACCUACUGAAAGACUCAAUGGAAGACAAAUACUGCGGAUGUAAUAAAUGUAGAGAAAUUUAUUAUUGGAACUCACAGUGUAUUCACAAGAGAAAACAGCUUGGAGAAAACCACUGUCAGUGCUCCAUCAGCACAGCAUUCUUCUCUCAGAGAUCAGACUUAUAUAGACAUCCAAGAAUCUACAUCGGUAAGAAGCUGUAUGGAUGUGAUGAAGUUGACAGUAACUUCUGUCAGAGCUCAGGAGUUCACUUUCAUCAAAGAGCCCACACGGGGGAGGUACCUUGUAUCUGUAAUGCAUGUGGUAAAAGCUUCAGUCAGAUCUCCAGUCUUGAUAAUCAUCAAAGAGUCCACACAGGAGAGAAACUCUAUAAAUUUGAAUGUGAUAAGGACCUAAGUAGAAAUUCAUUACUUCACAUUCACCAGAGACUUCACAUAGGAGAGAAGCCUUUUAAGUGUGAUCAGUGUGGUAAGAGUUUUAGUCGGAGUUCAGUCCUUCAUGUUCAUCAAAGAGUCCACACAGGAGAGAAACCAUACAAGUGUGAUGAGUGUGGUAAGGGCUUCAGUCAGAGCUCAAAUCUUCGAAUCCAUCAGUUAGUACACACGGGAGAGAAAUCCUAUAAAUGUGAUGACUGCGGCAAGGGCUUUACCCAGCGUUCAAAUCUUCAAAUUCAUCAGAGAGUGCAUACAGGAGAGAAGCCUUAUAAAUGUGAUGACUGUGGAAAGGACUUUAGUCACAGCUCAGAUCUUCGCAUUCAUCAGAGGGUCCACACGGGGGAGAAACCCUAUACUUGUCACGAAUGUGGGAAGGGCUUCAGCAAGAGUUCAAAGCUUCACACUCAUCAAAGAGUACAUACUGGGGAGAAACCCUAUAAAUGUGAAGAGUGUGGCAAGGGAUUCAGUCAGCGUUCACAUCUUCUCAUUCAUCAGAGAGUCCAUACGGGAGAAAAACCCUAUAAAUGUGAUGAUUGUGGAAAGGGCUUUAGUCACAGCUCUAAUCUUCACAUUCAUCAGAGGGUCCACACAGGAGAGAAGCCUUACCAGUGUGCUAAGUGUGGUAAAGGUUUCAGUCACAGCUCAGCUCUUCGAAUUCAUCAAAGGGUCCAUACAGGAGAGAAACCUUAUAAAUGCCAUGAGUAUUAUAAGGGAUUUGAUCAGAAUUCACAUCUUCACAAUAAUCAUAGAAGAGAAAGCUUAUAA